AUUUGAUUAAAAAAGUUGUUUACUUGUUAUAUAAAGAAAGAGAAGAGAUCGGUACCAACCACGAAACACGAGCUUUACACUUGCUCGGUGGUUCAUUUACGACCACACUCUCUCUUCUCUUUAGCCCUCUCCUCUCUAUUUAUUCUCCAACAAACUCUCUCUUCUCUUUUCAAGUCUUCUUCUUCAUUACUCGCACCAUGACCAAACCCUCCGACCCAACCAGAGACUCCCACGUGGCAGUUCUCGCUUUUCCUUUCGGCACUCAUGCAGCUCCUCUCCUCACCGUCACGCGCCGCCUCGCCUCCGCCUCUCCUUCCACCGUCUUCUCUUUCUUCAACACCGCACAAUCCAACUCUUCGUUAUUUUCCUCCGGUGACGAAGCAGAUCGUCCGGCGAACAUCAGAGUAUACGAUAUUGCCGACGGUGUUCCGGAGGGAUACGUGUUUAGCGGGAGACCACAGGAGGCGAUCGAGCUGUUUCUUCAAGCUGCGCCGGAGAAUUUCCGGAGAGAAAUCGCGAAGGCGGAGACGGAGGUUGGUACGGAAGUGAAAUGUUUGAUGACUGAUGCGUUCUUCUGGUUCGCGGCUGAUAUGGCGACGGAGAUAAAUGCGUCGUGGAUUGCGUUUUGGACCGCCGGAGCAAACUCACUCUCUGCUCAUCUCUACACAGAUCUCAUCAGAGAAACCAUCGGUGUCAAAGAAGUAGGUGAGCGUAUGGAGGAGACAAUAGGGGUUAUCUCAGGAAUGGAGAAGAUCAGAGUCAAAGAUACACCAGAAGGAGUUGUGUUUGGGAAUUUAGACUCUGUUUUCUCAAAGAUGCUUCAUCAAAUGGGUCUUGCUUUGCCUCGUGCCACUGCUGUUUUCAUCAAUUCUUUUGAAGAUUUGGAUCCUACAUUGACGAAUAACCUCAGAUCGAGAUUUAAACGAUAUCUGAACAUCGGUCCUCUCGGGUUAUUAUCUUCUACAUUGCAACAACUAGUGCAAGAUCCUCACGGUUGUUUGGCUUGGAUGGAGAAGAGAUCUUCUGGUUCUGUGGCGUACAUUAGCUUUGGUACGGUCAUGACACCGCCUCCUGGAGAGCUUGCGGCGAUAGCAGAAGGGUUGGAAUCGAGUAAAGUGCCGUUUGUUUGGUCGCUUAAGGAGAAGAGCUUGGUUCAGUUACCAAAAGGGUUUUUGGAUAGGACAAGAGAGCAAGGGAUAGUGGUUCCAUGGGCACCGCAAGUGGAACUGCUGAAACACGAAGCAACGGGUGUGUUUGUGACGCAUUGUGGAUGGAACUCGGUGUUGGAGAGUGUAUCGGGUGGUGUACCGAUGAUUUGCAGGCCAUUUUUUGGGGAUCAGAGAUUGAACGGAAGAGCGGUGGAGGUUGUGUGGGAGAUUGGAAUGACGAUUAUCAAUGGAGUCUUCACGAAAGAUGGGUUUGAGAAGUGUUUGGAUAAAGUUUUAGUUCAAGAUGAUGGUAAGAAGAUGAAAUGUAAUGCUAAGAAACUUAAAGAACUAGCUUACGAAGCUGUCUCUUCUAAAGGAAGGUCCUCUGAGAAUUUCAGAGGAUUGUUGGAUGCAGUUGUAAACAUUAUUUGAAUGUGAAAUGAUUUUGGACAAAUAAAUAACAACAGUUUCU